GCAGGCAGAAUGACGGGGUGUGUGUGUGUGUCUGUGUGUGUGUUUUGACACUGACAGAUAAACAAACCCCUUCUCGCAUGGCUCUAGGGACCUUCUUUCUACUAACGUUAUCACUGUCAGCGUUGCUAAAUAGCUCAUUUUGAUGUGGAGAGAAUAACCCUGGUGAAAGAAAGACGACUUCACUGAUGAGAAGUUAUUACACUGGUUGAGUCCACUGGGAGUGACCUGCUGUGACAAUUUGCAUGCUGCAUGUCUGAUAGGUACCCAUCACCCACCUUCACCCAGUUCUGGUGCGUGGCCCUACUUUAGAAAAAAAUGAACAAGUGUCAACCUUCCUUGCAUGUUGUGCUGUGAAUGUGGCAUCAUGAGGAAAGACAGGGAUAACCCUCUGGCACUGUCCCCCAAGAAACCGUGCCAGGGCCAUACGGACUAUGGACGGGAGCUAGAGAGGCUUCGUGCUGAUUUGGAAGUGGAGAAGAGCCGCACACUGCGGGCCCGUCGACAUCUCUGGGUGGAGAUAAGGCACCUGCGGGAAGAAGCAGAGAGGAAGCAGCAGAGGGCUUUGAGGGAGCUGACGGCCAGGCGUGGCUCCCAAAAAGACUGGCACUCCAACAGGCCCUGGCGUCUGCUUUCUAAGGAGGUGAACAUUAAAGACAGUGGAUACAGUAACACUGAUUCCACAGGGAAAGAAGCUUGUUUGAUCAGUGGAGACACGUUUACAAAGCUGGAGCAGUUGCUGCUGACGCUGUAUGAGAAGAUAAAUGGUGAGCAAGGAGUUUAUAAAGUGCAUCACAGGCAGGAUUUUGAGCUAGAAAAGGCCGUUUUCCUCUGCCACCUGCUAGAGGCCCUCGAAAGACAGGGGAGGCAGAGUGCCGGACACCCCAGUUACAUUUCCAAAAGCCCCUCAAGAAAACCAACGCAAGGCAGAAGCAGCUUCAGCCAGACGAGGCCUCGCCUAACUUACUCCAGGGCCUCGCUACAGAGAUCCCAGAGCGUCUCCCUCUCAGCGAAGAAGACGACCAAACAAGUUCGACUAAAGCAGUCUUUAAGCGAGGACUCGAUUGCAGCUGACCCCUGCACCACGGCUGCAGUAGUGGACACCUGUUGGAGCAGCUCUCUGAAUAUUUGUCACCCUGCAAACAUUCCCCAUGCAGGCUGGGACGACCAGCCCCCCUGCUGCGCUGAGUCCUCUGGGUCAGAUGAGUCAUUGUCCUCCAAAUGCAUGGACACAAACAUGGAGAACGGUACUGACUAUGGGUUCCUGGCCCGUCAGAAUUCUGAACUCUUGCGGGCUCUCGAUGAUCUGGAGAAGACUUGCACCACACUGAGGGAGGAAAAUGGCCUGCUGCGGAAGAGCAGCGCCCCAGAGACGGAAGAGAAGGUCAGGCGACUGAGGAGGAAGAACACAGAGCUGGCUGUUCUCGCUAAGAGGCUGGAGGAGAGGGCUCGCAAACUGCAGGAGGCCAACCUCAAAGUGGUGAAUUCACCGUCACUGAUGAGGCCCGGGUCAGUGGAGCAGUACAAGAGGGCAUUCGCUCGUCAAAGGGCUCGUGACCUUGCUCAGCACGCUGAUGCACUUCUAUGUAAGGACAAGGAGAUUGCUGCUCUGCAGCAGGAGUGCAGAGAGCUAGAGGAACGGCUGGGCACCACUAAGGGUUCCCCUUUUCCAUCUGGCAGAGUGGAAUUUGAGAAGCUUCUCAGGGAGUCUCAGAAGGAGGUGCUGCGGCUCCAGAGACAGCUGUCGGUCACAUCAUCCGGACAGCAGCACAACCACAGCCCCGACCUCGAUGGGCCAGAGAGGUGCGAGGAAACAGAGGAGCAGCAAGUGGGGGAAGAGAAGGUUGUAGGAGAGACCCCGUGUGUGGCAUUAGAUGAAGCUCCAUCCAGGUGUGAGAAGACUCCCGGAGAGGAGGAGGAGUCGGGGCUGCGAGUGACGCCCCCACCGGGCCUUAGCCCGACCCCCUCCCAUCAGGAGGAACACACAGAGGAGCAGCACCUACAUUUUCUGGAAAGUGAGCUGAGCAAGAAGAGAAAAGAAUGUGAAAACCUCGAGCAUGAAGUAAAGAAGCGACAGAAGAGAUGUCUGGAUUUGGAGAGCCAGCUUGAGGAUGAGCGAGGCAAAAAUGAGCAACUAAAGGAGGAGGCAGAUCUCCUCAGGAGGAAGGCACAGCUGCUCGACCAGACUCGGGCUGAGAAUGAGGAGCUGAGGGAAGAUCUCUCUGAAGUGACCGCUCAACACAAUUCAGUUCUCGAGGAGAACCAGAGACUCCGUGCCAAACUGGAGAACCUAGAUCAGGUCCUAAAGCAUAUGCGAGAGGUCGCCGAGCGAAGGCAGCAGCUGGAAUUGGAACAUGAGCAGGCACUGGCUAUCCUUAAGUUCAAACAGGAUGAAAUCAAACGGUUACAGCGGGCUCAGUUAUUCGCCAAGAGGGAACAUGAAGGAGUGGUUCAGAUGCUGGAGUCAAAGGUACGAGACCUGGAGGAGAAAUGUCGCACCCAGAGCGAACAGUUCGGCUUGCUGUCCCAGGAGUUGGAGAAGUUUCGACUGCAGGCCUCGAAGGUGGACCUUGCUGGCUCCAGCCUCCUUAACAAUCCCAGUCUGUCUGUUCUGACCAAUGGGGUGGGCCUGACUACAGAACGAGACUGCACUGGUGGCUCAUGGGAUAUGGUGUCUCUGAGUGAAAUAGCCUUCUGGAGUCUCGAGGGAGGUGACACUCUCUCCUGCCCUGAGGAUGUUGCCGCUGCCCUACGGAUGGGGGCCACCCCCCACGCUGCAGGGCUCUCCAGGGUGGAGCGCUCGCCUGUCACCAAGCACCGAGAGCUGCCCACCAUCAGCGUCAGCAAGUCAGGCUCAUCCUCCAGCAAGUCAGAGACCACACACCUCACCCCCAAGUCCGACACCCACCUCAGUCCGCACAAAUCAAGCCCAACACAUGAGGUGGACACUGCCAGUGAAGUAGAGGAGCUGGACAUUGACGUGGCCCCGGCACCUUUCACAGCCAGCAGAGGAGCUGCAAAGCUUCAGGUUUUUAUUGCAAGAUACAGCUAUAAUCCUUAUGAUGGCCCCAAUGACAACCCUGAAGUGGAGCUACCGCUCACUGCGGGAGAAUACAUCUAUGUGUAUGGAGACAUGGAUGAUGACGGCUUCUAUGAAGGUGAGUUGAUGGAUGGACGGAGAGGGCUGGUCCCCUCCAACUUUGUGGAACGUGUAUCGGACGAUGAUGUCAUGAGCACUCAUCAUCCAGAGACAGGGGACAUUUCCCACAACUCCCUGCUAGACAGCAGCCUGCACAGUGCCAGCCACCAGCAUCACCUCCACAUAGGCGUCAGCGCCUCAGAAAGGACAGAGGCCUCUGCUGCCUCUGGCCCUGCCUCAGCCCCCUCAGAUUCAGCAUCGGCCUUGGCUGUCCCAGCCCCCCUCACCAACGGCCUGGACUUGGAUUUGGAGGAGGUGGGAGUGGACAUUGUGCCUUACCCACGUAAGCUCACCCUCAUCAAACAGCUUGCCAAGAGCAUCAUCAUCGGCUGGGACCCUCCGUUGGUGCCGGCUGGGUGGGGCAAUGUGUGGAGCUAUAAUGUGUAUGUGGACCAGGAGCUGCGGCUCAAUGUGCCCUUCGGUUCCCAGACCAAAGCAGUUCUGGAGCGGCUAGACAUAAACCUCAAGGCCUACCGUGUGUCAGUGCAGAGCCUGACAGAGAAGGGCCUCUCAGACCAGCUGCGCUGCAGCAUGCUUGUUGGUCGGGACGUUUGUGUGGCGCCCACACAGCUACGUGUGGAGAGGAUCACCGCCACCUCUGCCAACCUGACCUGGCUGCCCAGCAACAGUAACUAUGUGCACAUUGUGUCUUUGAAUGAGGAGGAGUGUGAGCUGGUGAAGGCUGGCUGCUACUCGCUGUGCCUCAAUAACCUUUUGCCCAGCCUGCAGUACAUAGUCAAAGUGGAGGCACGGCCGCACCGCACACCAUGGGAGUUACCUGUGGAGCGACGUGAACACAGAAGCGCUACAAUAACCUUCAGCACACUGAUGGCAGGCCCCCCUGAUGCUCCUCUGGAUGUCCAGCUGGAGCAUGGACCCUCCCCGGGCAUUGCCCUCAUUAGCUGGCUGCCGGUCACCAUAGAUGCUGCCGGGACCUCCAAUGGAGUCCGUGUCACUGGAUACACUAUAUAUGCUGAUAAGAAAAAGGUGCUGGAGGUGUCUUCCCCUACAGCUGGAAGUGCUCUGCUGGGCCCCUCUCAGAUCCAGUCCCUGCAGGCAGCUCAGGAGCUCACUGUCCGCACCAUGUCUGCCCACGGGGAGUCCUGUGAUUCUCUGCCAGUCAAUGUGCCCUCCAAGCUGGCUGCCAUCAUGGCCGGCCCAGCUAUCACCACCCCAGUUGUGCCACCCCUACCCUGCACCCCUGCAGGUCUGCCCUCACCGCCAUCCUACGGGAACUCUGCUGCCAAAGUCUCAAUGCUGCCCAGCACUUUACCAACAGACACACAGUUCACUGGCAUCACAGUGGAGACUGCUGCCAACUCUCCUCUCCUCCACUCAGAAGAUCUUCUCCCAUCUGCCACUUAUGUGAACGCCUGGGCCAACCCCUCAUCUGCUGCUGCCUUGGCUGUGUAUGAGGCCACAUCACCGUUACCUGCCAUCUACACUCCAGUGGUUAAUGUGACCUCAGCCACCAUCUCAUCACCUCAACCUCCACCCGAAGCAUCACCUUCACUUUCACCUUUACCAGCAGCAGCAGCAGCCAUGUUGGAUCUGCGCAGAGACACCAACAGCCCCGGAACGAUUCGUCCUUUCCCGUCUAUGACAGAUUUCAUUGAUGACCCCAGUGCCAAGCUCGGGAUCCCUGAGCGCAUCCCCACACCGCCCAAAGCCCCAAUCGCAGAGCUCCUUAACCCUCAGGAGACCCUGCUCCACCGACCCCCCAGCCAUUCACCGCUGGAGUCGGAGGAGGAGCACGAAAACACCCGCCUGGUGUCCAUCGAGGAGUUUUUGAGACAGGACCAAGAGCCGACGUUCCACAGGACGCAGCAGAGUUAUGGCAGAGGGAUGAUGGAGCCUCCCAGUGACUACCACGCAGACAAUAGCCGCUCAGACCUGUCUGACAUCCUAGAGGAGGAGGAGGAAGACUACUCUGACCACCUCGGAGAAGCACAGGCCAGAGGAUACACAGUCAGAGCUAACAGGGAGCCCAGCCAAAUGCCACCAGCUGAGGCCGGUCCAUCAUGGGGGCCCCAGGCAGAGCUCUCAGCUAAACCAGGGUGCUUGCCGGCCAGGCAACUCAAAGGUGUUGUUGAUUCACCAAAGAUGAAAGGAGACGGUGACAUACGCAUCUUCGUGGCCCUCUUCCCUUAUGAUCCCGCCACAAUGUCACCCAAUCCUGACGCUGCUGAUGAAGAGCUGCCCUUCACUGAGGGACAGAUCAUCAAAGUUUACGGGGAUAAAGAUGCAGACGGGUUCUACCGAGGGGAGAGUUGUGGUCGUCUGGGUUACGUGCCAUGCAACAUGGUGUCUGAGAUCCAGGUGGAGGACGAGGAGACCCGGCAGCAGCUACUGCAGCAGGGCUUCUUGUCCACGGCAGCCUCCAUGGAGAAGAUAGGCUCUCGCACACACGCACAGCUUCCGCGUCGCCCUGUCCCGCCGCCGAAACCGAGACGAUCCAAGAAAGUGGAGUCUGCAGCACUCUGGGAGGAGAGCGUAGACUCCUCCAGUCAAGAUCCAAGCCAGGCUGCCCCUGCCACUGCCGCCACCGCUAUGGGGAACCCGGCCCCGGGACCUCGCAGGAUGGUAGCCAUCUUUGACUACGAUCCACGAGAGAGCUCCCCCAACACUGACAUAGAGGCUGAGCUGACAUUCAGUGCAGGAGACAUCAUACAUGUGUUUGGUGACAUGGACGAAGAUGGAUUCUUUUAUGGAGACUUGAACGGACACAGAGGUUUAGUGCCCUCCAACUUCCUGCAGGCCCUACCGGAGGAUCCUCCAGCAGAACGUCACCCUGCUGCGCCUCCUCACCCUGCCCCACCUCCUCAGCCUGCUGCGCCUGCACCCGAACCCAAGAAAGAAUCACAGGGUACGUGGACGUCUUCUACAGAGCCACAAGAUCCUGGGCCCUCACUCCCGCGCCCCCAAACAGAACCUCCUCCUGCUCCUCCUCGCCCCGACCCGACAGAGCACACAGACCUACUAAAACCAGACUGCAAACCUCUACCCUCUGCAAACCCCGCGCCAGACCCGGACACGGCUCGGGCCGCGGCGGAGGUCUGCCGCUCUCCCCCGGCCCCCCUCCCUGCAGGCAGCCCGGCACAGACAGACUGCUCUGCACAAGCCAAGAAGAAGAAAGGCUUCUUCUCCAAAGGCAAGAAGCUCUUCAAAAAGCUGGGAUCCAGCAAGAAAGAAUGAGAGUUAGGACACCUAACUCUGAAUACUCGCGUCACAUUGAAAGCACUUUUUCUAUCUACACUGUUAUUCUAAGUCGGUAGUCGGCGCGGUUAGUGGUUAUCAGAUCUAAUAACUGAUGCUUCAACCGUCAGCAGUUAUACAUUUGCCUUAGAGCAUUGCUAGACCAGCUGUUUAAAUAUAGAGUACUUAAAAACAUCAACAUACAGCUUACAGCAUCACAAGAGCAUGUUGAAGUGCAUGUUGAAGCGUGCAAACUCACUACUCCUACAAAUAUACUCUCUAGAUACUUCCUAAUUAUCUAAGCAACUGUUCAACUCAUCAGAGGCUUUAAUGCUUGAUAUAAAACACUCAGUACUCUCCUGGUUUAUUUCAUUGUAUCAGUGUGAUACAGAACGCUAUUGAAAAGCAGCUCCUGACGUCAGACACAGCUAAUGAACUGUUAGCUUUAGAGCUUGUGUACUGGUGCCACUUUAUUUAUUUGAAGCAAACGAAUAGAAGCAAAGCAGUCCGCUGCUUACUCUGCGCGACUGUAAAAGAAUGCACUAUUUUAAAUAGGUCUGCUCGUCCCUUCACACGUGUUUCCUGUCUUUUAAGAGUAUUUAUACACUACUUUGUACAGAUUGUGUUAUUUAUUUGUGUCGGACUCUCGCCCUAAUCACGGCCACGUUGCAUGAAGUGACAUCAGGGUAGAAGCUUAGUCAUGUUAAGAGCUGUCAGAGACGGCGAUGAUUCACUUUGAUAUGCGUAGUUUAGAUGGGGAAGGUUAAAUGUCAGUGCUGUUCAUUGAAGCUGAAGAUGAUGUUAAGAAUGUGAAGGGUCGCCCUUCUUUGUGUAUGUGUGUGUGUGUGGGUGGGUGGACGAAGCCGCCCAGUCCACUGGUGAGACUGAAAACAGAUGCCUUUCUCAAACAUGAACACGACUGGCCUCGAUGUUGCAUACUACAUAUUUUCUGUGUGUGUGUGUGUGUGUGUGUGUGUGCGUGUGUGCGUGUGUGCGCGUGUGUGCGUGUGUGCGCGUGUGUGCGUGUGUGUGCGUGUGUGCAAAAGACGAAAAUAAUGUAGUAUCUGGUGAUCAGUAGGCUCAUUUAUACUCCAAAUAUUCUGGUUUGAUUGUAAGUGGAGCAUCAGGCUGUUAUACUCAGUGUAAAUGUAGCAUGUUUGGUGUUGUUUUUAGCAGGAUAUGACACAGCUAACAGGAACCUGCUACAGUAGAAAUGCAUACAUACUAAACAGUUUUGGCAGUCAUGGCACUGGUGGUUUGUGGCACUACUGUACUGUGAUAGACUCUGCAAUAAGUUAUGUAUUUAUCGUUUUGCCUCCGUGUGAGCGGUGUGAGAAUAUCGGGUCAGACAGUGUCGUAACAUCUUCAUCAGCCCACGCAGUGUAGCAGUAAUUAGUCUUUUGUGGAGUUUUUUUGUUUUUACGUCUGCACAUUUGCAUCAUAACGUGUCGACUGCUCUGUUAAAACUAUUAGGACUUUAGCAAUAUUGUCAUACUGUGUACAGCAGUGUUUUAAUAGGACCAUACUGUAUAUUUAAACGCUUUGUGUGACAGCUUUAACGUAGGGGUGCAGCAAAUGUUACUCAAGUGAAUGUGUGGACCAGGCCUUAGUAAUUCUAGUUUAACACACGCAGUCUGAUUAGAUGGUUUAUCCGUGUGACACAGGGGCUUGUCACACUACUCAGGUUUAAACUCGAAGUUUUCUUAUUCGACGCCGAGCCAAGCAUGGUGUCCGGCUGGUCAAAAAAAAAGUGCAGAAUAUGCCAAAAUCUUUAGGUGCUUUGCCUGUUACCAUAGCUAUGAAGAAAGAGAGAGAGAGAGCAGACUGACAGCAUAGGAAGGGUGGGGGGGAAGUAAAGCGUGGAGGUUUGCUGUGAAGAUCAGACCUGAUUUCAGUUUUCGAUAGCACACCUGAAGGCACAAGUCGGAGGCAAACCUUUUUUUUCUUUCUUUUAAUGUCAUGAAUGUUGUUUUUUUAGUUUGAUGUGUUUGUCACAUAAAGGGAGCACGAUGAUGCCAAGAUUAAAAAGGAAGGUAAGGGAAGGGGAGGGGGAAGGGGGAGGGAUGGACAAAGACACUUUAGAUGUGAAAUAGCCGGGAUAGAGGCAAGACUGAGGCUGUUAAUGUAUGUGUCGUUUAGUUGUUGUUUUUUUUCUUAUUUUUUCGAGAGGGGUGGGGCGGAUGCUCUAAAAUUAAAAAAACAAAAAAAGUUGCCGAAAUGUACAGCGAAUAUUUGUACUGAUAUUGUAUUUCACGGCCUUUAAAUGCACAAGUAUUCCUCUACCUGAUGUGUAGUGAGUAGGCUGCUCCCGCUCCGCUGACCCAAUAGGACCUAGACCCCCCCUUCAUAUGUACAUGUAGGUAGUGUAUUAGCUCAGUUCGAUUAAUAUUUAGCCUUACAAAGAAGACAACCUUGUUUAGUCUUAAUAUGUUGUUUACAGGAUGUUUAUUGACUGCAUGCAUACCAAUGUUAUACCCAUGUUCGGCCUUAUUUAUGUUACUGUCAUAUUUAAGUUUUUUCUAGGCUGACCCAUCUACAAUAUUUGAGUUGUAGAUUGUCGAUGCAGUGGAGAGGAAGCUAUAGGAGUUGUCUGUAUAUAAUGAACAGUGUUGGGACUUUUGACCAUGUGGUAUAUUUUCAUACAGCACACGUUUUUUUUUUCUUUUCGUUUUUUUUUCUUUCCUGACCUGCAUUCAUUGUUUAAAAAACCAGUGGAAGAUUGACCUUUUUUAUAUAUUACUGUUUUUAUUACCCUUUUGGAAGCUCAUCUGUAAAUAUUUUUUGUUAAUAUUGUUUUUCAGAUUUUUUUUUUUUUUUUUUUUGCAUGUUCAGGCAGUGUCUACGGAGGGUCAGUAACUAAAGAUGUAGGGCACAGAGGACUUGAAAUUGUGACGGUUUCUUUCAAUAUGGAUCUUUUUACA